AUGGACAUGGGGCCCUAUGACCAGCGUGAGACGCCGUCGUUUUCGAUGGACCUCUUCGCAGACCGCGUCAAUAGCAUUCUUGAAGCGCCGCUGCCAAAGUGUCUUCGACUGAAGGGAGAAGAUAAAUACGCGCAUCCCAUGUCCAGCCGUGUGGAGUUGCUUGCGCACGGGGCCGUGUCGCCGCGUUCGACCAUGAUAGUUUCCCCCGCUGCCGUGCGAGUGAACAGCUGUGGUUCCCAGAAGGGGAAACCGAUUCACGAGACGUUGCUUGAAAAAGGACGACUGAUGUCGGAGAAGAAGGAGACGAUGCGACUGCAGGCGUUGGAAGAGGAGAUGAGAGAACUGCGCCCGGCACCUAACAUUACACAUGAAGCGGCGCGAAGGACUCCGCGACGAGAGCAGCGGAUAGAGGACCGCCUACUGCAGCGGGCGAAAGAAGCAGAGGAGCGCCGGGUGCUAGAGGCGAAGCAGCGCGAAGAGGCAUUCUCAAGGGAAAUGGCUGCGAUUGCCCCAUUUCAGCCGAAUAUAACACGCGAAGGUAGACACGCAACCCCAAAGGCUCGAAAGAUGGCCCAAGAUCCCCAAGAGGACUGGGAUUGUCAGCGCAAGCAGCGUAGAGAGGCGGCACGCACAGCGAAGUUACUGGAGGAAUUGAAUGAAGUUCGCGGGACGCCAAUUAUCAAUCCUCGCUCAGAAUGGCUUGCGGCUCGUCGGCGGAAAAAAGAGGGGUUAUCGAGCUUAGAUGUAAUUGAUGCACUUAUGGAGCGGGACCGCAUUGCACAAUUGAGACGGUGGGAACAACACGAGCUUGGAAAAAAGACGGAACACAUUCCCCAAAUUACAUUAUAUGCUGCCACACUUCAGAGAGAAGGUGAUGCAGCCGAGCGGUUGUAUACAGAGAGUCACAAGAGGGAAGAACGCCGCUUGCGGAAGGAGGAAGAGUGGAUAUCCGAUGGUCCGACAUCCUUUACACCAAGAAUUAGUCCAUAUGCGGCUACGACACCGCGUUUCCGUAAUGUGGAAGAUGAGCUUAUGCAAAAGCAUAUGCAAAGUGUCGCAUUGAGGGAGGAAGCGUGGCAACGGGAACAGGAGAAGGAGCUACGACGUCAUCAACCCAUGAUUAAUCCUGUAAGUGAGGCAAUUGCAUCAAGACUUCCUGAAAGUUCAUAUGAGCGUUUGCAUCGUCAGUCGAGACGCACACCCAAGCACAAGGACCCAGCAGCAGCUGACCUAUCGUUUACUGGGAGUUUUGUUAGUGGUGGCCGUGUGGCUUCUCUUCCCGACUCUAUGGCAGGGUCAUUGCGGUCUUACGAGGAGUCUCGGCGUGAAAAGCUGCGGAAGCUUCAGGAGAAGCAGGAACAGAUGCAACGAGAGGAGUGUACUUUUGCACCUCUCACAAACACGCGAGAUUCCAAGGUUGGGGGCCCAGAACAUGUUGCCGCGAGAAACCAGCAAUGGCUUGCACGCAAAGAAUGGAAAUUGCGGGAGCUGCGCCGACGAAAGGAGGCAGAGAAGGUGAAGGAGUGCACUUUUAAGCCAGAACGUGAAACUUUAAUGACUAGUUCCUCACGUGAUGGGGAGAGUAUUUAUGGUGGUGAUGGAACGCCCUGGGGCGUACAGGAGUACCUUGAGCGGCAGGAAGCAGCCCGUCGCCUCCGGAGAGAGCGUGAGAUGCGGUUGCAGCAGCGUCCGUCAAGUGCUCCACGUUUGUCGUCGACGACGACUCCGCAGGAGUUUGACUUGGGCAAGCGUGACGGCGUGUCUGUGCGCAGCCUGCGACGUCCCCCGCGGGUGCGUCUCUUGUCACCCGAUUUGGACGAUGACUCGCGCGUUUCCCAUCCACCAGAGAAGCGGAAUGGGGAUGCCUUGUCCGUGUACGAGCGUAUUUAUAAUCGCAUCUACGGCACCGUCGUUAAUGGUGCUGACCAUGGCGACGUAGGCAGUGACGGAGCAGGGGGUUCACUUUGCGUUGCUCCUUCUUUGUAUCGGUGA